AUGCCCGGAGUGCCUUCUGGAAAGGCUUGUGAUGGCUGUCGCAGAUUGAAGAAAAAGUGCGACGAGAAAACUCCCUCGUGUUCACGAUGUAUCCGUCUCGGUUUAGAGUGUAUUGGUUCUGGUCAACAACGAUACAAGUUCCAACCGCAUCAGACAUUCGCAAAUGUCAGAACAAGAAAGGCCGUUUCACAGACUAAAGGCCUCUCCACCACAACCACGUCGCAAUCCAACAAAGUCAAAAACGAAGCAGAUCUGAUCACGUUCUUUCUGAGAUUACCACCCAGCAAUAAAACCACAAUCCUCACAAGCCAAUUUAUCCAAGCCAUCAAAUUAACGACCAAUUUAAAAUACAAUCUCGCGUGGGCAUACGGGUUUUUCUUGUUUGAGAUUCCGCGACGCAUGAACGAGAAUGAAGCCUUGGACACUGCAGUCAAUGCGCUUAUUUGCGCGCACUCCAAUUUCUGCGCAGGCUCAGGGGUGUCCGUUAAGACGUUGAGUAGUUAUUCCCGUGCUUUGAGAAGCUUGAGGAAUUGUCUCGAUGAUCGGGAGAAAGCUUCGACGUCGGAAACUCUAUGUGCGGUUAUGCUGCUGUUGAUAUGUCAGAACCUCAAUGGUUCGGAGGGCAGGUGGUCAGGCCAUGGCGAAGGCGCGGCAAAGUUACUCAAAGCACGAUCAUUUACAAAGCCGCGCGACAACUUUGAAGAACAAUUACUCCUUUCUCUGCGGGGAAGUGUCUUAUUUGAAGGUCUUCUCAACGAGAAGAUAGAACUUGACCCGCAAGAAUGGAUUUCACUAGUAGGAAACGAACUUGACGCGGAUUUCCCCGAGGGAAAAUUAAUGCAACAUCUUGCACAUGUGCCAAAUAUACUCCGGCGUGCUCGGGUGGCAACCAAUGCGAACGAAGUCGCAAUCCUGCGAGACGAACUGAAACCCGCAUACGCAGCUUCCCAGAAACUACUACUCCAGCUACAUAAACAAUGGGCCGAGGGCCGCACACUUGAUCCGAAUAGUGCGCUCAAGAACACCAUACUGCACGCCUAUUAUCAGCGUGCAUAUGGGAUUGGACUUUUAAUUGUGACCAUCUUGAACUGGCUGCUUGGCGCGCUCACCCCUCCCUUGGACGCAAUCGGGCUUAUAGCAGACUCCACGAACUUAGUGGCGCAGAUAUUGGAAUUGGCUCAGGUGGCUAAUAUUUACCGGCCGUUAGGGUCGGGGUAUGUGCUCGUCGUGCUAAGUGCAGCAUGGCUUGCAGCCAGUAAUGACAGUGAAAGGGUGGCUGUGAAUAUGUUGCUGCAGGAUUAUCGGCAGGAUUUUCCUUUGAGGGCCACGGACAAAUUUAUGAUUGAGUUGAAGUGGGUGGCUGAGCAAUUGCAGUAUUUACCUGUUGGUAGUGCGUGA